GGCAGUGGAGCUACGUGAAUCCCUGCUUCCUAUUUUAGCAUCUCUCCUCCCUUGGGAAUACCGUAUAGAUUUAAGACGCAGCAAGUGUGCUUGACGUAGUUGUGACGUGUAAAUACUCAUUUCCAUUGAAUGUGGAGAAAGGUUCUUGUUGUUUUUCCAGCUCUAGACUCCACCGGAGAAAGCUGCUCCUGACAUCUGCUCACCAGGCAACGAGGCAAAAGCAAAGGGUUUUAUAUGUGAUCCAGGUUUCUGAAUAUUGCACACAUCUGCUCUGAAAUGGAAGGAGGAUGCUGGCCUUACAAGUGCAUUGCUGUAGUGUCUAUCUUGUCGUCAUGUUGCUUACUAUUUGUGUCUGGCAUAGAAAGACGAUAUGUGAAUGAAUGGGCUGCAGAGGUCCCGGGUGGUCCAGAAGAGGCAGAGUUACUAGCAAAAGAACUGGGCUAUGAAUUACUUGGUCCGAUUGGAUCACUUGAAAAUCACUAUUUAUUCAGACUCCCGGCCCAUCCAAGGAGAAUGCGGAGGAGCCUCCCUCACAUAACAAAGCGGCUAAAUGAUGAUGAGCGUGUGUCAUGGGCAGAACAACAAUAUAUUAAGGAGAGAAAUAAACGUUCCAUCUUAAGACAAAACACAGAAGAUCUGUUUAAUGAUCCUAUGUGGAAUCGUCAGUGGUAUUUGCAAGACACAAGAGUGAACCCAUCAUUGCCAAAGCUGGACCUCCAUGUCAUCCCAGUAUGGAGGAAAGGAAUAACAGGGAAAGAUGUUGUUAUUACCGUAUUAGAUGAUGGAUUAGAAUGGAAUCAUACAGACAUCCAUGCAAAUUAUGACCCAGAAGCAAGUUAUGAUUUCAAUGAUAAUGAUAAAGACCCAUUCCCACGAUAUGACAUCACAAAUGAGAACAAACACGGCACCAGAUGCGCAGGAGAAGUUGCGAUGGUUGCAAACAACAACAAAUGUGGAGUUGGAGUGGCAUAUAAUUCUAAAGUAGGAGGGAUUCGGAUGUUAGAUGGUGUUGUGACUGAUGCCAUUGAAGCAAGUUCUAUUGGGUUUAAUCCUCAGUAUGUAGACAUUUACAGUGCCAGCUGGGGGCCAAAUGAUGAUGGGAAAACUGUUGAAGGCCCUGGGAGACUGGCACAAAAGGCCUUUGAAUAUGGCAUCAAGCAGGGCCGAAAUGGAAAAGGUUCCAUCUAUGUCUGGGCUUCUGGUAAUGGUGGUCGUCUAGGGGAUAACUGUGACUGUGACGGAUACACAGACAGCAUCUACACCAUCUCUAUCAGCAGCGCCUCCCAACAAGGGCGGUCACCCUGGUAUGCAGAGAAAUGCUCCUCGACCAUAGCUACUGCGUACAGCAGUGGAGACUACAAAGAUCAGAGAAUUAUAAGUGCAGAUCUACAUAAUGAUUGCACUGAAACACACACUGGGACCUCAGCAUCUGCUCCAUUGGCUGCUGGAAUCUUUGCUUUGGCCUUGGAACAAAACCCUAAUCUAACAUGGAGAGAUAUGCAGCAUCUUACAGUCUGGACAAGUGAAUAUGAUCCAUUAGCUAAUAACCCUGGCUGGAAGAAAAAUGGAGCAGGUCUCAUGGUGAACAGUAGAUUUGGAUUUGGUUUGCUCAACGCCAAGGCACUUGUGGAUUUAGCUGAUCCUAGAACAUGGAAAGGAGUUCCUGAGAAGAAAGAGUGUAUUGUUAAAGACAGUGAAUUUGCACCAAGACUUUUAAGUUCAGGAGAUGAAAUUACAAUUGAAUUUCCCACAAAAGCUUGUGAAGGUCAAGAAAAUUAUAUCAAGUCUCUAGAGCACUUGCAGCUGGAGGCUACUAUCGAGUACACACGUCGGGGAGAUCUUCACAUCACACUAACGUCACCAUCAGGAACCAAAACUGUUCUUUUGACUGAACGAGAGAGAGAUAAAUCUACUAAUGGUUUCAGAAAUUGGGCCUUUAUGUCUGUCCACACCUGGGGAGAAGACCCAGCAGGAACAUGGAUUGUCAAAAUCACUGAUGAGUCUGGAAGAAAGGAAAAUGAAGGAAGAAUUGUUAAUUGGAAGCUGAUUCUGCAUGGAACAUCAACUCGUCCAGACCACAUGAACGAGCCAAGAGUGUACACUUCCUACAAUAUAGUCCAAAAUGAUCGAAGAGGUGUAGAGAAAAUGGUAGACAUUGAAAAGGAACCCAGUAUGGAAAAACCUGCUACAGUAAAACCAACAUCUUACCUAGAGAAUGAUGAAUUGGAGGAAGCAGUGAAACGUCUUCUGAAUAAUGCCUUUGACAGAGAAACGGCUUCAUAUGCACAGAAACGGACUGAAAUUCCUAAGCACCAUUAUUAUUAUGCUCUGGAUAAAAUAAGCAAGCUGCCAGAUGCAAAAGACAGUGAGAACAGCUUAUACAAUGACUAUAUUGAUCGAUUCUAUAAAAACAAGUCUUACAAGCAUAGAGAUGAUGUUCUAUUGCAAGCUCUGCUGAAUAUUGUAGAGUCAUAGUAUUUAGUUUGAUUUUUAAUGUUGGAAUCAUGCCACCACCCAUUAUAUAUUUGAUCUCCACUAACUUAAUUUUACAUUAGAAAAUGUGCCAAAAAUAAACACUGUACCUAUACCGUAUGUAUUCCAGGAUGGGUUCAGCCUGAAAGAUAAAGUGGAAGACCUUCAUACAGUCAAUGACAAAACCAGCAAUCAUCUAAUGAUGUUCUGUAGAUGUUCCACAAAUCAUUAGAACUUACUCUUAACGCCAAUGAAUAAGUGUGGCCCAUAGGAACCCAUCUCAUUCCACCAGUCCCUUUUCUGGUUUGCGUUAGACUUCUCUCAUGUUGUGAUGGAGACAUACAACAUUACACAGAUAUACAACAUUACACAAGAAAUCUAUGACACAUUAAGAAAUGAUUUGCUUAAAAUAUUGUGCAAGAUUCCCACAUGGUCUUGUAUCCCACAGAAACUGAUAUAUAGGCCCAGAUUUACUAAUCUGUCUGCAUCUAAACUGUGAUUCAUAUUGGUGCAUUUGUUUUUGUUUUUUUGUGACAAAUUUACAAAAUAUUGCACCAUUUGUUACAUUUGUCACAGGGAAUCCCUAUAGAUUUUUCAGUCUAACGUCUAACCUCAUUUACUAUAGAGGUUUCCGACAGUCUGUAUAUCACUAGGGUACUGAAGCACACUUGUGCAUUUUGGGUUGAUUUGCGACUUUAUGAUAAAUCUGUCACAAAACACUUGACUGACCCUCAGUGAAUGAAAAUUGACAGGCAUGGCACAACUCCCUCAAACAAUCACGCAUAGACAUAAAUUUGGUGCAAAUGCUUAAUCCACCAGCACCUUUGAGAAAUUACCUCCUAAAUUUACAUUUUCUUUGCCAUGUCAAAUAACUUAUAGAAUCAGUUGCUAUGAUUUAUUGUGCGGCCCGGGUCAUAAGUGAAGGAAAGAUAACCUCUACUUGGGAUACUCAAUACGUUAAAUGUUGUGGAAUGAAUCUUUGAUGACAGGUUUAUCCUACAUAAUUAAAAACUUUAAACAUGAGAAUGAUAUAAUGAGUACAGAAAAUUAAUCAGCCGACAUUUUUAACGGAAUUAUUGGAAAACCAUAAUAUAUGAUAAAAAUUAAUGUAAAGAUUCAUGUGUUAAGUGACUGUAGCUGGCAGUACUGAUUUGAACACAUAAGCAGCCAUUACUGGACUGUAAAAUUGGCAAUUAUAGUCACAGUAAUCUGUUCAAGCUCCUCCAGACACAUUCAUUUUUAAUGGACAGAGGAAAAAAUUGCCUUAUUUUUAUAGGAUUUCCUGGAAUUUACAGAAGGUUGGCAACCUUGGUUUACUAUGGGCAACAGGGACAGUUUUUCUGUUAGAUGGUGUUAAUAAGGUUGUGUUCCCACAUCAGUUACUUGAUCAGUUAUUUCCAUCAGUUAUUUUGAGCCAAAAGCACAGAACAGGAGCAAAUCUUUCCAUUAUACCUUAUCUCCGUGUAGGCUUCACUACUGGUUUUGGCUGACAAUAACUGAUGGAAAAAACUGACCAAAUAAUGUGAACUGGGCCUAAAUUAGGCCCCAUACAUCUGUAGAUAUGCUCCACUGUAAGAAAUGUUUCUAGGGUGGAGUACCUCUGAAAAUACUGGUGGGGUAGCCCACAAUUUGUACAGAAUCUGACAGAAUAAAGCCUUCUAUAGGCCUCUGUAUGAAGUCAGAGGCACGUGGAGGUACAGCUGAAGGCUCGGCACGUGGAGGUACAGCUGAAGGCUCCUGCACCUUUAUGGGGCCUAUUAUAGCAAGUCCUAGCCAUGAAAGUUUAAAGGGCUAUUCCCAUCUAAGUUAUUUAUUGCUAAGAUCAGAAUGCAUGUCAUAUGCAGUGACCAGAGGUGGCCAGGGUUACGCAAACACCGGGGCACAGUGUGUGGUAUGUUUUUCAUAAUUCCUAUAGAAGAAAAUAGGAGUUACAGAAAGUGUGAAGCCACAGCCAGUUCAGCUAUUUUCCAUAAUCCCAGCCUCCUCUGGCCAUUGAAUACGAUGAGUAUUCUGAUUUUAGUAUACGAAUGACUGAGAUGGGAAUACCCCUUUAAGGAAUGUAUGACCCGGGGUGAUAUAUUCAGGUAUAUGCUUUACUUGCUUUAUCCAAGUUUUUCCUUUAAAAAAAAUCUAUUGUAAUAAAAUAUAAUAAUCAUAUCACUUUGAUCUAUCACCAGGAUUGUACUAUUCUUCUGCUAUUCCUCCUGUAAAUUUAUAAAUACAUUGACAUAUGGGGAUUAGCACUACCAUUGUCAAUAGAGUAGCUGCUUACAUAAGGUGUGUAGGGACAGCUCCCAUUAGCAAAGCAAUGCAAAGCAAUUUUUAAUUUAUUCAUACAUUUCCAGGAGGAAUAACUGAGGAGCGGGACAAUGCAGAAAUCUAAGAAAGGGAAUAGUACUUUUAUAGGGAUUGCAAGUAUUUAGUAUUUACUAAAAUAGACAUGUUGUAAGAGCUGACAGAAUCUUUUCUUUAAAAUAAGAACCUGGUGAAUCUAUGCCUGGAUGACAUUGAUUUUGCACAUUUAGGUUUUGCACAGCUGCAAUAGCUCUGAGCAGCAGUAAAUAAAAUACAGCACGAAUGUCAUUCACAAGUGACAAAUGAAUAACAAGUUGCUGUAUAAUUAUGGAUUCAAUAUUAUGAUAGAGUAUAUACUGUAAUAAGCAUAGAAAUAUAUUAGAACUACCAGUGUAUUAUUUUUGUACUGCUCUCCAUAGAGCUAAGCAUACAGUAUCUAUCUAAUUCCAGUAG